GCAACUUUGAAUCUUUUGACUAAACAAGAAUACUCAGUCAUCAUCACCAUAGCCAACCUAUCCAAUUUAAAAGGACGAGAAAAUCAAACGUUCGCUCAUCACAUAUAUUAUAUUUUAAACUCUCAAACUCAUCAUCUUCUCUUGUGGUAAAAGUCCAAAGGGAGAGAGAAUGGUGGUGGAGAGAGAUAUCGAUCAUCUUCCAAAGAAUGCGGCGAACUACACAGCUCUCACGCCCUUAUCCUUCUUGGAAAGGGCCGCCAUGAUUUAUCCUAACAGAAAAUCAUUAAUUCAUGGCUCUGUUCAAUACACAUGGCUUCAGACUUAUCGCCGUUGCUCUCAACUGGCUUCUGCUCUUACCAAACGCUCCAUCACUUUCGGAACCACCGUUGCUGUGAUUGCACCAAAUGUUCCUGCUAUGUAUGAAGCUCAUUUUGGAAUUCCAAUGGCUGGAGCUGUUCUAAAUGCUGUCAAUGUUCGUUUAAAUGCAGACACAAUUGCUUUUCUUUUGGGCCAUUGCUCAGCUGCAGUUGUCAUGGUGGACCAAGAAUUCUUUCCAUUGGCUGAGGAAGCUUUAAAAAUUCUAGAAGAUAAGAGUCAAGGAAAAUCAAAUCGACCACUUAUUGUAGUUAUCGCUGAUAAAAAUUGUGAUCCCGCCCCACUUCAAUAUGCUUUAGAUAAAGGGGCAGUUGAAUAUGAUAAUUUCUUGGAAACUGGUGACCCAGACUUCCUAUGGAAGCCACCACAGGAUGAGUGGCAGAGUAUUGCUCUGGGCUAUACUUCUGGUACGACAGCUAGUCCUAAAGGAGUGGUGCUUCAUCAUCGUGGUGCAUAUCUUAUGGCUUUAAGUAACGCCGUUGUUUGGAGUAUGAAAGAGGGAGCUGUGUACCUUUGGACUCUACCAAUGUUUCACUGUAAUGGUUGGUGUUUCACUUGGACACUUGCAGCAAUUUGUGGGACCAACAUAUGCCUUAGACAGGUAACUGCAAAGGCUGUUUAUUCCGCCAUAGCUCACCUUGGUGUAACCCAUUUCUCUGCUGCACCUGUGGUGCUCAAUACCAUAGUUAAUGCUUCAAAAGAGGAGACCAUCCUUCCCCUGCCUCGGCUAGUACAUGUAAGCACUGCUGGUGCUUCUCCUCCUCCUCCUGUUCUUGCUGCAAUGACUCAACGUGGUUUCCGUGUCUUGCACACUUAUGGCCUUUCUGAAACUUAUGGCCCCUCCACUUUAUGCACAUGGAAGCCUGAGUGGGAUUUACUUCCCACAGAUGUUCAAGCGCGUCUCAAUGCACGUCAAGGAGUGAGAUAUGUAAGCCUGGAGCAUCUGGAUGUAGUUAACCCCACGGACAUGACACCUGUUCCAGCCGAUGGGAAAACGAUGGGAGAAAUCGUCUUCAGGGGUAAUGUUGUGAUGAAAGGCUACCUGAAGAACCCGAAAGCCAAUGAAGCUGCUUUUGCAGGAGGCUGGUAUCACUCUGGUGAUCUUGCUGUAAAACAUCCUGAUGGGUAUAUUGAAAUAAAAGACAGAUCAAAAGAUAUCAUCAUAUCUGGUGGUGAAAAUAUUAGUAGUGUUGAGGUCGAGAAUAUCCUAUAUCAACACCCAGCAAUACUAGAGGUCUCCGUUGUUGCGAGGCCUGAUGAGCAAUGGGGAGAGUCACCUUGUGCAUUCGUGACAUUAAAGCCUGCUGUAAAGGAAACAGAUCAGCAGCAGGCUGCAGAGGAUAUUAUUAAAUUUAGUCGAUCAAAGAUGCCUAGGUACUGGGUACCAAAGUCGGUGUUUUUCGGACCAUUGCCAAAGACAGCUACAGGGAAAAUACAGAAGCACUUGUUAAGGACAAAGGCAAAGGAGAUGGGACCGUUGAAGAAGAGUAGAUUGUAAAUGUAACACGAUCGACUGGUUGCCUGAUUUGUCUUUGUAAUUCUAAGACGUCUGCUGUCUAUGCAUCUCUGUGUAUCAUGAUCUUCCUUGUAGAUAAAUAAGGUUAUGUUUCAGAUUUUUCCUAGAUAAUCAUGGAAGGGUACCAUGUAAGUUUUUGUUAUCAUGAACUAUUGGUGUUCUUUGUAUUUUAAACUGAACGGUAACUAUUGGUUUUUAAAUGAUUCUUAUACAACAUCUUUGAUUGUUUA